UAUUUAUAUACUUAUUAGAAAUACCCUAGCCUCUCUUCCUCCAUUUCUCUCUUAAAACCCUAAUUUCUCUCUAAAACCCUAAAAGCAGCUAUGGAGUUUUGGGGUGCUGAGGUGAAAAGUGGAGAGCCAUUAACUGUACAGCCUGGAGAUGGGAUGGUUUUGCAUCUUUCACAGGCAUCUCUAGGUGAGUUGAAGAAGGAUAAGUCAGAAAGUGUGUGCAUGUCGGUGAAUAUUGAUGGGAAGAAACUUGUUCUUGGUACACUCAACUCUGAGAAGGUGCCUCAACAGCAAUUUGACCUGGUUUUUGACAGAGACUUUGAAUUAUCACACAACUUGAAAAGUGGCAGUGUCUACUUUUUUGGGUACAAGGCCACUAACCCAUUUGAGGAGGAAGAGGAUGAUGAAGACGAUGAAGAUGAGUCUGAUGAGGACAUCCCUCUCACUCUUGCAAACAAUGGAAAACCCGAGGCUAAGGAGGCAGGGAAGUCUAAUGCUGGAAAGGAUUCUGCUUCAGGAAAACAGAAGGUGAGGAUUGUGGAACCUAGUAAAGAUGAUGAGGACGAGAGCACUGAUGAUGAUGAUUCUGAAAUGGGAGAGGAUGAAGAUGAGUCUGAUGAGAGUGAGGAGGAGACACCGAAGAAGGUUGAGCCUGCAAAAAAGAGGAAGGCAGAUUCAGCUACAAAAACACCUGUCACCGAUAAAAAGGCAAAAUUAACAACACCUCAAAAAACUGAUGGCAAAAAAGGUGGUGGCCAUGUAGCAACACCUCACCCCUCAAAACAGGCUAGUAAGACUCCAAAAUCAUCCGGAACUCAUCACUGCAAGCCAUGCAACAGGAGUUUUGGUUCUGAAGGUGCUUUCGAAGCUCACUCGAAAGCUAAGCACAGUGCUGGAAAGUAAAUAGACAUGGAGACAUUUGGUCUCUUUGUUUGGUUGUCAACUAUCAUUAGAAGAGAGCUUUUUAGUUUAUUUUAUUUUGGGUUGGUUUUCAAUCCUCUAUUUUGAUGUUAAGACUUGUUACGUUUUCAAUGAGUUUUGGAUUUGAUUCAAAGAA